AAAAGCAUAAACCAAUUGUGUUUCUUCUUGUAACCUUGUUUUCACAGAGUAAAAUAAUCAGUACUACUACUAUAAUGACCAAGAAUAGUAGAAACAUACUAAACCUUUAAAAUGGAUGCAUUUGAAGAACUUUUCCAGAAAAGUACAAAUCCAAAGAAACUCACUGAAAAGUCAAGGUUGUUUCUGAACAAAUCAACGAAUUUGUAUGCUAGUAAAAGACCAGUCGUGGAUCAGGUAAAAUCUGAGCCAAAGUACAGCAGUUCAUUUUUGGAAUUUCAAAAACCAAAAUUUGCAUUGAACAAGCUUAAAACAUCAUAUUUCAACAGAUACAGAAAUAAUCAGGUUUUAUCUCCAAAGGCUAAGUUUAUUCAAUCAGUGAAGGAAAGUCAGGAGGAUUAUGAAGAAUUCAGAGCUCCAACCAACGUAAUUCAGGUCACUCAGAAUUCCAGCGAUGAACGAGUAUAUAGUCUAAUAAAUAUAUCAGAAAAUGGAAUUGAUAACCAGCCAGUGAUAAACCAUGAAACAUACAUGGGCUUUCCUGCAACACCGUCACAUAGGAAAUAUUCUAGAGAUACAAAGUCAUCUUCAAAUCAAUCAGUAAAUAUGAUACCAGAAGAAAACAAACAGAAGAGAAGUGUCGUCCAAACAUCAUAUGAUUCACAAAAACAUUAUGCAAAUGAUAACAUAGUGACAUUGUGUACAUCAGAUCGAGAUGGUAUGAAGGGUAGUCUGAUAUCAGAACCAUUAGGACGUGAAGAUGACUACAAUGAAGCAAUUGCCUCAUCAUCUGCAGACUUAUUAUUAAGGGAUAGUGUUGCGAAGAAUUUAACUUCUGAUCUCGUGAUUGCUAAUAUGCAUGACCGAGCAGAGCUCAGUCCAACUAGUGGUGAAUUGAAUAAGAGGUACCGAUUGAGGAAACCAGGUGUUAAUGUACAUAAAUUACCCAUUAAAAAAAAGGCAGAUACAGUCAAACUCACAGAAAGGAAUUUAAAUCUUAAAAAUCAGGGAAAAAAUGGAUUUGAAACAUGGAAUAGUGUUUUAGAAACUGUUAAUAGUCUUCCUAAAAACCUAUUUGAGUUGAAUGAAAGUGCUACGGGUGAUGACAGUAAAAAAGUAGGAGGGGUUGACAUUAACAUUGAGCAAUCAGAACAUAAAACGGAGUUAAAUCGAGCUAAAAGAAAAGUAAAAAGAAAAGGACAGAAUGUCAGUGAGUGUGAAACUAAAAUUUCAUCAGAAAAGCCCUGUAAAGCUAUGAUAGUGUUAAGAAAUUGGUGCCUGAAGGCUGUUAAGGACAAUAAAGGAGUUUUCGUGGAGGGCCAGCGACUUGAAGAGGAUGAUGAUGAAGUAUACUGGCAUAGUUCUGGUAUUGUUAAACGAAUUACUGCAACACAACUGGAGACUGGCUCAGGAUCUGAAUACAAACUCAUUGGCACCAUAGAUCAGUUUAUGUCUUUAGAGAAUGGUUUUUCAAAAACGAAAAUCAAGAAAUUCAAAAAUGGUUUCCCAAAAAACUGGAAGGAGUUACUGCAGGAAGAAUAUGAGAGCCAAUGUGAUUUUACAGUCAAAACUAAAGUAAACAAAAAAUCUAAAAUGUCUGGAGAUGCAAAGGCAUCUGGAGACAAAAAGGCAUCUGCAAAAACGAAGACAUCUGGAGACAGAAAGACAUCUGCAAAAACAAAGACAUCUGGAGACACAAAGACAUCUGCCAAAAAAAAGACAUCUUCAAAAACGAAGACAUCUGCAAAAACAAAGACACCUGCUGAACCUAAGACACCUGCAGACCCUAAGACAAAUGCAGACCCUAAGACACCCGCUGACCCUAAGACACCUGCAGACUCUAAGACACAUGUGAUUAAAGCACCAUUGAAUGUAACACCUGUGAAUCCUGCUAGAGGAAGUAAGAAAGCCAACACAAGUUCAUCUAAUGGGCAAUAUUCAACUCUAAGUGUGAAAGAUCUGCCAUCAUCCAGUAGAGGCCGCCUCAUUAAACCACCACUAGCCUACUGGGCAGGGCAGAGGUUGCGUAGUAUUGAUAGAUUGAAUGUGGUGGAGAUCCUACCGGGAACAUCUAACCUUAUUGGUGCCUCUUUAUCGCCGAUUUCUUUGAACUUAAGUGAAAAAAAAGGAAUAGAAGCUUACAAAAACAUUAAAAAUUCAAAGAAAACAACAAAGGAGUUGUCAAGUGUUUCGGAAACACCAUCAACAUCUACUAAUGUUAAAGUCUCAUCCCCGGCUUCUGAUAGCGACACCGUUACAAAACUUCAAUCUAAUAACCUACGGAGAUCAAAAAGGUUGAAAAACAAUGCGGAAGAGACUUCAGAAACCAGGGUGGAAGAUAUCAACGCAAUUUCAAAACCCCAGUCACGCAAACAAAGAAAAUCUAAACUGGCAUCAGAAACCGCUGGUCAGAGAGACACAUUUAAAACACCUAAUGCUAACAAACCAUUGAAAUCAUCUGGUGAAUUUGAAACACCAAAAGGCAGUAGGGCCAACAACUCUAUAAUCCCUGUAGAAACGAAUCAUAUUAAGAGGAGUAAAAUGUUUAAAUCAAAUGACUUACAUGUACACUUUAUGCCAACAUGCAGUAAUUCAACCGUUGCCAACUUGGUGAAAAGCAGUGGUAAAUCUGGUAAACCUUCCAGUUCUGACACCCCAAAGAGUAGGCCACGGCGAAAGUCUAGUCAUGGAAAAACCAAAAAGCUUGAUGAAAACAUGAACGACAAAAUCACAAACGAACAGGAAGCACACGAUGAACAAAGUGAUCUUGAUCAGCUACGGAACACAAAAGAGAAAAAGAAAUUCUCUCCACAAAAGCAAGCACUCCUGAAAAAUUCUCCAGCAAAAACUCAACACACAGGAGGAUAUUGUAAUAAGAAGCAAGCAAGUGUUAGUAACAGAUUAUCAAUUGCGGAGGAUUAUAAAGCUGUUUGGCAACCAAAGGAAAUCAAUAAACUUCAAAAAGCAAUGAAAUUAUUGCCUCCAACCGCUGCAGAUUUUUGGCACAAGAUUGCCAUGAUGGUUGGAACCAAGACAGCUACAGAGUGUCAGGAUAAAUACCAAGCAGUCACAGAACCCCAACCAGUCAAAAAACAAAGUGAUGUUAAGAAGGAGAAAGGGGCUCCUGUUAAGUUGACGGCUAAAUUUGGUACCAUGAAGAGAAAGAGGCAAAUACGGCAACUCGUAGAGCAGUUUGAUGAGGGUUAUGAGGAUGAUCUUUUUGAUAUGUUGGGGAAUCAGACUUCCAAAAAACCCAAGAUUCCAAAUGAUGUUGUCACUGAUGAGGAUGAUGAUUUGAAUGUAGACUGUACCAAGUUUCAAACACCUACUGUGCGUCCAUUGAGCAGAAUCCCGAUGUCCACACAGAAAACACCGCAUUUUGAGCUUAUCAGUCCUGGCCUGUUCCAUUCUAUGGACAGAGAACAGAUGGAUCCAUACAUACAUCGCAUGCAAACUAAAAGAGGGUGUGCUUCAAAAUCAUUUAAAGUGAACCAAGAACCCAAGAAACAGAAAUCAGAUAAUUUGUUGGACCAAGUUCUGAUUGAAAACAAAGAAAGCAUCUUUAACGUCACCGAUGGUGACUUGGACGAGGAGGAAGAAAAAGACUAUUAUUGGUCAGAGGAGGAUAUGCAAUGAUUUGCAUUAAACAUUAUCUUUAUCCUCAACACUAUGAACCUAAAUCAUCUGUAUUAAAAUCAGUGUCAUAAUGUAAUAAUUUUAUACCUUGUUCUAUGAAUGCGUCACCAACUGAUAAUGAUGAUUUUGAAUAGAAAGUAAUACAAAUUUUUUAAUAAUAAUAAAUAAUUUUAUAAAGUGCCUAAUGCAAAAAAAAAAAUAGCCUCAAAGUGCUGAAGAUGCCUGUUUUAUAUAUAUUGUUUUUGCCUAUAUUUAUUAUAUUGCCUAUUAUCUGUUGCCAGGGGAAAUGAAUUUUAUUAAUUUUUAUUGAGUCUGUUGCCGCAAGGAUAUCUGAUAAAUCUAAAUUUCUGUAUUUCUUCCUCACUAUUUAAUAUUAUGCAAAUAAUGAAUGUUUAUGAGUACAAUGGAAAAAAUAUUUUCAUGAGUUGAAUGGAACAGUCAGUCUUUCAACUCAUGAAAAUAUUCUUUCCAUUUCAUGAAUAAAAAACAUUCAUUAUUUGUUUUAUACCUAAAAUAGAUUCUUGUCAUUUGAUAUUUUAAUUUAAAAAUGUGCCUUUUUUCUGAAUGGACAUUUGUGUAAUUUGAUAUUUAUGAACAAGUCUGCCCUUUUUACAAAUGGAACAGUCCAGUGUCUUUUUAACAAAUCAAAAAAUUGUAGUUGUUUGAAGUCAUAUCUUAUCCUAGGCGACGUGAAAUGGGCAAAAACGGAAGGAAAGAAAAUGCAUGAAUGGAAAGAAAUUUCCAUGAUGAAUGAAUAUCCAAUGUCACAUGAUACGAACUCUACCAAUCAAAUGACAGGGAUCUAUUUAGGUGUGUUAUAAAAAGCAUUCAUCAGUCCAUUGAAAUUGCAUUCUUUGUAUGACCACCCGGAAGGACUUAAGUGCACCUUAUUAAUUUUUUUAAAAAUUGCAGUCAUUGCUUAUUGGCCAAUAACAUUUUUUUUUAUUCAAUUAAAUAGUACAUAAAUCACAUUACAUAGAAUUGAAAUAAACAUAACCAAACAACAACAAUAAUCAAUACACUAUAGACUGACUGGUACUUGGUGUGGUACAAGGUUCAUUGUAAUAAACUUAAUCUUUAUAUUUUGUGUGAACACAAAAAAACAAACUUCAGAAUAACUUAAAAAAUCAAAAACUUUUUCUCAGCCAGUAUGAAAUGACAAUAUGAACAUUUCAUUAUUUCUGUUAAAACAGACUUUCAUUUGUAUAAUAGUAAUCUUCAUAUUUUAAUUUGCAUACAGAUUAUGUUAAAUUUUUACUAACUGGUUAAAUGUAAGAUAAAAAUACUUAUCACAUGGCUUAUCAAGGUACAGUCUAAUCCAGUUUUAGAAAGUUUAUGGGAUUUGCAUUAUGCUUGCAAGAAUCUGUACUGUAAAAACAUUAGAAACAUGUUUUAGUAUUAAUAUGCUUUUUAGUGGUUGCAGGUUUAGUAAUGUUACUGUAUCUAUUGCAAAAAUACAUCACAAUGUAAAUGAAAAUGCUGAGUUAUUGCAAAUUUGUUUGCCUGUUUGGAAGUUUAGAAAAACAGAUUGUAUAGCCUAGUUUCUCUAAAUAUGUGAAUCAUAGGUUUAUUAUCUGUAUUAAUGUUAUAGUUAUCAUUUUGUUUGAUAUGUAGCACUGGAUUUUGUUUUUGAAAAAUACUUAUUGUUGUUUUUGUUGGCAUUCCCAUCUUACCACUGUUUUAAUGGAGCCCAAAGAAUCAUAAGAUUAGCACUUCUGAAGUACAGUACCUAGUAACUAAUUAAUCCUUGAAGAAAUUAGAAAAGACAUAUUUUUACAAUAAGCAGGCUUGUACAAAUAGUUAACAUUUGUUUGUUGAUAUUUUUAUGAAGUUUUACUAACAUUUAUUUUGAUAAAAGAAAUGGAACAAUUUAAAGCUAAAUAAGGCUCAGCCUACAGUAUCAAAUUUUCUUUGACAAAAAAAAAACUGUUGUAUAGUGAUGAUGUGCCUGUAUAUGUUUAUAAUGUGAUGUCAUGAUGACCAUAUUUAGGCAUGUCACAUGAUCUUGUCAAAUAAAAUUUGAUAGUUGGGACAGGUCUCAGCUUAUAUUGCCUUGCAACUUGACUCAACUCAACUGACCUGUGGCACAUUGCGAGCAACCGAGUCGUGCGAUUUGAGCGCUAGUUGCUCUCUGCGAUUCAAAGCACCUGACAAACGAUUAAAUUGUCAUGUGACAUUAGUAACCCAAUAACGCUAGUCUAUUAAUUAUCUAAAUCAAAAUUGUAUCAACAUUUUGUAGCAUUGCAUGGCAACAAGUUGUAGAUAAUUUGCAUUAUUUCUACUAGAUUGCAUUUGACACGAGCAGCGGUACUGGCAACUAAUUCUGGUAAGUUGAGUUAAGUUGCAGGGGCACAUAAGCUUAGUCCAAGACAUUUACAAAAUUUGAUGCCGUUUGUAUUAUAUUUAUAUUUUUAGUUAAAUAGGUUAUAGGUUUUGGUAAUGUUACCAGUUAAAAUAUUUGGACAAAAUAAAAUAUGGUAACUUGUUAAUUUCCGUUCUAUUAUUUACUUAAUGCUGUGAACAGGCGAUAAUAUAUAAUUAUGCAUAUAUAUCUUAUCUACAUGCUAUUUAUAUAUUUAUAUACACUAUGAUUAAAAAUAAAUAAAAAA